UAACAUUUUUAACACGAUGGUUAGCCAAAAUGACGAACACGAGUGUGUUAAUUUGAAGGCGACUGGACAAGCUUUCAGCAGCACAUGGAACGCCUUUACUCGCUUGUAAUUCCGCUAACAGUAUUUUGCCGCCUCUUGUCUUCCUCCCUGAGCUUUCUGGGUAAUGUAGUCAGAUGUCGAGUACUAACGCUUUGUUUUUCUAAAUAAUGCUGGGAUUUGUAGUUUGUGACAGUUAUAUCCCUUCGUUCACUCGCCCGGAAAGAACUACAUUACCCGGCAUGCAUUUGGCAUACUCGCGGAAAUGCACUCACGGCUGCUAUCAGCAAGUUUUGUUCAGAUAAUGUUUGGCUAGUUCGCGCUCAUUAGGGAGCCACAAACCGCCACACAAGUGGGUAUAUACAUAUAUUUAUGUAUAAAACAGUUAAAAAAUGGCUUCUAUGGCAUUUUGUUGUGUCAAAAGUCUAGCGCAAGCGACGUCACGGCGAGGUUUAAGUCCAAAUUUCAAGUGGCUCUCAAGAGUCACCAGACAGUCGCCAUGUUCGCUACCGGGGACCUGGACUACCGGGGCCCGGUUUAUGUCCCACGGGGCCGCCGCGGGUGGACGCAGGAAGGGAGUGUUGGUGCUGAGCGGCGCCGCUGCGGUCACCGCGGCCGUAGCGGGCUUGUUGGCCAACAACUGGCACUUCCGGCAGGCUGACAUGGCCACUUUGGUUCCGAAAGCCGCGGAGGAGACGCGCCAAGAGGGGGACAUCUUGAGCAGGUGCCGGGGGUUCAUGUCUCCGCCGGUCACCGACGUCGCCGUGUUGCAGGCGAGAAAAGACGACAUGUGCACCAGGAUGGAGAUGCUCAUCAUGGAGACACAGGCCGACUUCUGCAAAGCCUUGCAAGAAGUGGACGGUGGGACGUUCCAAGUGGACCGGUGGGAGAGGAAAGAAGGUGGAGGUGGGAUCAGUUGUGUGAUGCAGGAUGGAGAAGUCUUUGAGAAGGCUGGAGUCAACGUUUCUGUGGUGUCUGGACAUUUGACGGAAGAAGCUGCUCGGCAGAUGAGGAGCAGAGGGAAGGUCCUCAAAGGGAAAGAUGGCAAGCUGCCAUUUUGUGCCAUGGGUGUGAGCUCCGUCAUCCACCCCAAGAACCCCCACAUCCCCACCGUGCAUUUCAACUACCGGUACUUUGAGAUCGAGGAGGAAGACGGAUCCAAACAAUGGUGGUUUGGUGGCGGCACGGACCUGACUCCUAUUUACCUGGACGAGGACGACGCCUUCCACUUCCACAACACCCUGAAGCAAGCCUGCGACAAACAUCACCCGCGCUUCUACCCCGACUUCAAGGAAUGGUGCGACAGGUACUUCUACAUCCGCCACCGAGGAGAGACUCGGGGCAUCGGCGGCAUCUUCUUUGACGACCUGGACGCGCCCGAUCAGGAGACGGCGUUCAGCUUUGUGAAAAGCUGCGCUGGCACGGUGGUGCCGUGUUUCCUUCCCAUUGUGCACAAACACCUCAGGCAGCCUUUCAGCGAGCAGGAGAAGGCCUGGCAGCAGGUGCGCAGAGGAAGGUACGUGGAGUUCAACCUGGUCUAUGACAGGGGGGUCAAGUUCGGCUUGGCCACGCCCGGAUCCAGGAUCGAGAGCAUCCUCAUGUCGUUGCCCCUCACCGCCAGGUGGGAGUACAUGCACGAGCCCGACCUUGGCACCCCUGAGGCCAACAUGCUGCAGGUCUUGCGAAACCCCAAGGAUUGGGUGUGACCUUUAUUACCUUGUUUGUGGACUCAUGUUUACCUUUUGCAUCGUUGAGCGGGUUAAACGUCGGCCGUACCUUAGACAAACACUGGACAUGUUUAUUUAACACAACUGCUAGGAAAAAAGGCUCUUCAAUAAAAGCCUUCAGCGCUGCAUUUGUUGUAAGCUGGAUGCUACGCUAACACGGCCUUAGAAUGUGCUACUGCUUCCUUUGGAACUGCAGGUGUAGAAUGUUUGUACUUUCACAGAAAAUACAUACAUUUUACAGGGAAAACACAUUCAGUUUCCAAAAAGUUACCGUAAAAUCUACAAUAUUUUGUAUACAACAUAUCUUGUACAUCAAUGAUGGCCGGCAGGGAAUUUUUUAACGGCACAUUCUAAAAAUGCGCUUAAAAAAAAUACAAAACAUAAAAGUGGUAUAAAAGAGAAAAAAAGGUGAAAUGUAACAAAAAAAUGUUGCAAUUUUGACUCAAAUAACACAAAGCUGCCAUGCAGGCUGUUUCUUUCUUUAAAAAAUAAUGAAUCAAAAUCGAUGUCAUUAUGAAUUAUUGACCUAUUCAAGACACCAAUUACGUCACAUUAAAUAUUCCACUUUGAGAUAUUUUUUGUGUAAAAUGUUGCACAUUUUGUGUUUGACACACGUUUUUGUUUUAAAACAAACAAACAUAAACAACAAUAAAACUUAAAAUUGACGGAUAGAUCUGAAGUUGAUCUCGAGAUUAUUGUUAAAAGUAAACAAAAUAAUUCUAAUUAAUUUUUUAACACUGAGUAAUACCCUUUUAGAUCCCCAAUAAUUUGUGUGAUUUUUUUUUAAAGUGUCAUUGCUCAAAAAAUAAUUAUUAAUUAAAAUCAAUGUUAUGACUUGACCUUUUUAAAGCUACACCUAUUAUAUAAUCUAAAAUAUUCCACUUAAAUAUGUUAUUGGGGGAAAAUAUUGCAUAUUUUAUGUUUUUUCUAUUAAAAAAAUGGUUUUCUUUGACAAAAAGAGCAUACAACUACAUUUUUUUGAAUGUUAUAAUGACAGACUUAAUGUUGAACUAGAGAUUCAAGCCUAUAAUUAUAAUAAUAAUACUGAAUAAUGACACAUUUUUAAUAUUUUUUUCACCAAAACCCUUUGUCGCUGAGUAGAGGCCUAAAUAUAUAUUUUUAGACAUAUAUUGUAUUGGUUUUUAAAAUAAAAAAUAUCAAAACGG